UGAUGUCAUUGCCCAGCGGGGGGCCGCGGGGGCGCGUUGCCGUUCAUUGUGCUCCGCCGGUGCCGCCUCCCGCUGCCGCUGCCAGCGCCGGCCACGGCGGGGGGGUCCCGCUCCUGCUCUGGCCCCCUAGCACCGGCCCGGGGCGGCCCUGCUCCUGCACCAGCCUGGGGAGCUGUCCUGCAGCGGGGGUGGCUCUGCGCCCAUCCCCGAAGGGGGUUGCCUUGCACCGGGCUCCGCUGCACCCGUCCUGGGGGGGGGCCUGUCCUGCCCCGGGGGUGGCUCAGCAUCUGUCCCGGGGGGCUGCGCUGCACAGAGAGGUGGGCUCCGCACCCAUCCCCGAGCGGGGCUGCCUUGUGCCCGAACCCGCUGCGCCCAUCCCGGGGAGCUGCCCUGCACCGGGUGGGUGGCUAGCACCCAUCCCCGGGCGAGCGGGCUGCCUUGCGGCCAUCCCCGGGGGGCUGCACCGCGCCGGCGGCGGCCCAUCACUUACCGCCGGGCGUGCGGGGGCUGUACCGCACCCAGCCCCGCUAUCCCCAUCGCGGGGCGGCCCGGGGCUGCCAGCCUUCUCCCAUCGCCGGUGACCGGCUCCUGGCUCCCGCCUCGUUUUAUGGUCGUGGAGAGGGAGGAAAAAUCCCAAACCAGCUGCGUAAAUGAGUAUGGAAGAUUAUGAUUUCCUUUUCAAAAUUGUUUUAAUUGGCAACGCUGGUGUGGGGAAGACCUGCUUAGUCCGUCGCUUCACUCAGGGGCUUUUCCCACCGGGUCAAGGAGCCACGAUUGGGGUUGACUUUAUGAUUAAAACCGUGGAGAUAAAUGGUGAAAAAGUAAAGCUGCAGAUCUGGGACACAGCAGGACAAGAGCGAUUCCGGUCCAUCACGCAGAGUUACUAUCGCAGUGCUAACGCGUUAAUCUUGACCUACGACAUCACCUGUGAAGAAUCCUUCCGGUGCCUCCCCGAGUGGCUGCGAGAAAUCGAGCAGUAUGCCAGCAAUAAGGUCAUAACCGUGCUAGUGGGUAAUAAGAUUGAUUUAGCUGAUAAGAGGGAAGUCUCCCAGCAAAGAGCUGCAGAGUUUUCCGAAGCACAGGACAUGUACUAUCUGGAAACCUCGGCAAAAGAAUCAGAUAAUGUGGAAAAACUCUUCCUGGACUUGGCCUGCCGGUUGAUCAGCGAGGCCCGACAGAACACCCUUGUGAACAAUGUCUCGUCCCCCUUGCCAGGAGAGGGGAAAAGUAUCAGCUACUUGACUUGCUGUAAUUUUAAUUAAAGAGCUGGAAUGUGAUUUCCCCUUCCGCCAUGGGCCAAGAGGAUUUUUUUGCUGGGAUUUAUCUCCUUGAAGGGAAUUCCUGCCACUUUGACCCAUCUGACCUAUGCUGAGUCAGGUUGCAGACCUGGAAGUGUGGUAGGUGGGCGGCUCCAGCUGCAUGGCAACGUAGCAGAAUAUAACACGGUUUAAAUUUCGUUUUUCUUCCAGUCUCUGGAGCGGGUUAGGAAAAGGAGAGUUGCACAAGUGUUUCAUGUAAUGCAGAACGUGAGCUAUUGCGUUUCCUUCUACAGAAGACUGGAGCAGCGUCUCUUGAGGAAGAUAUUGAAGAGAUCAAAAUCUCUCUUACACAGCAAUGUGUUUGGUCCUUUCUAAAAUUAAAAAAAAAUAAGAAACAAUGAACACUGACCCUGGACUACGUUGGCAAUCUUCCGGGCUGCCAGUGAGUGAGCUCUUAGGACAUGUAUAUAGUGUCUGCCCGCGCGCCUUCAUGGAGGACUCCGGUGUUUGAAAUAGUGUUAUGUCUCUCAUCUACAGGCACUUUCAUGAACAUGGAAUUAAAAAAAGUUACAUAUAUCAACAUUUUCAAGAUUUAAGACGACAUGGAUACGGCUCAGUCACUCCCUUUGGUGCUAGCAGUUCAGCAAAUAUUCCAUAGACCAAACGUAGUCUUACUACAUUAAUGUCCUCUGAAUGUGUAACUUAGACUGGUUAGGAAAAAAACACUAAUAAGCACUGUUCAUAAAAAAAAAAUAAAAAAAUAAAUCUUGUUACCUCUUUUUCUAGGCCUGAGUGUAGUGGGAAAGGACUGUGCUUCUUUGAUAUCCAACAUAGGAUAAAAAGACUUUCCAGAAAUAAAGCAAAAAUAAAAAUUAACCGUUCCUUCUCUAAAUAGUAAUGUCCUAAUGUGAAAAAUGAGCCUUGGGGAAGGUUAUUGGUGGAGUUGGAAAAAGCGCACCAGACAUGACCAAAAUAUUGUGCGUGCAUGGAUUGUGUAUAAGGGUUCAAGGAGAGCACAGUUUGAAGUGGCAGUCUGCAAUAUGUCCGGCUUAAAAAUAAAGCUUGUAGGUACAGUUCUUGUUGAAAGGCAGGCGUACAAUUUUGUAGAGGGUUUUUUUUUACGCGAAGUGGAAAUAGCGAUGGGGUUGCAAGCGGUAGCAUUCUGUGUCUGACCCAUCCAGCGCUCACCUUGUGGAACUGCUCUCCAAGAUGUUGUUGAAGGUAUCUUCUUGGCAUCCAGGCUCUCGGCUACACUAGCUUUCAGGUUCGGGGCUGUAGAGUCAUUUAAUUUACUUGAUGCUUUGUACUCUUAAUCCCAGACUCCAGUGUACUUGUAACUGUUUAGACAAUUUCUUCUUAUGAAAACCUCUGAAGGGGAAACGCUAUGGAGUUUGCGAUGUUAUUACGCCUCUAGUGCCAUAUGUGAAUAAUGCAUUGCAAAUUUACACGUUGACGUUACAGUGAAAUUGGAAAAUAGUGAAUGCACAGAUAAAAAUUAUAUUUAGAAGUUUUGAGUUCAGUUUAGCUCAUCUGGAUAAAUCUGUCCUGGCAAUUACAUGGCUGUGAUACGCUGUGAUUUAGAGCUAAUCAAUUUAAUAUUAUUUGGCUUUUACUGGAGAUUAUAACAGAGUUUUUGUAUUGACAUAAAAAGCUGCCAGUAAGUACUUAUUGAAAAGAAUAACAAUUUAAAAAAAAAAAAAAGGGAAUUUUAAAAUGCUUUUUCACAUCUUGCUGGAAAGACUUCUUUGGGCUGUAUCAUGUUGUGCCUUUGAUCUGUAACGGGGAGCUGACUCUGCCAGAGAGAGGGGGGAUCGUGUGUCGUGGCCAUUUUUAAUACUUUCUUGCCAUUUUUUAGGUCACUUUCUUCUUUUAUGGCUAGUGGUGAACAGGAAGGUGUAGAGGUUGAGGCUUUUUUGUCGUUUAGGUAACACUUAGCAAAGAGGUUCUGUAAGUGUGAGAUGUUGGGGGACAUGUCAUCUGCUGCACUGGCCUGGUCCUUUUCCGUCUCUGCUCAUGGUGUAAUCCAGAGCAUUUAGAAAUGUGUGGGACUUUGGCUUCUGCUGUGCUGGACCGUGUGGUACAGCUUGUGCUCAAGAGCAACGUCUGUCUUGAGCAUUCCUCAAAUUGCCAAAUGCAGCCUCAUUCGAGCUCGUGAAGACCACCCAACUCUGAGACAGCUGAUUCCACACAGCUUUUAAGUAGCUGUUCAGAGCAAGGCUCAGGGUGUUACACGUAAGGUAACACAAGUUAAAAAUCAAUACUAUGUAUAUUUAAUUUGUAAAAGCUCUUACUCUCCAGAUGGUGGACUUGUCAGUGUAUAAUUGAUACCAAAUAGGGCAGGGCUUUCGAGUUAAUCAAAGAGGAAGGAGACUGCCCGCUAAAAUACUGGUGGGUUCCUCAGCCUGAUUUCCAAAAGCAUCAAAGCUGGGCAGGCACUUUUCAUUCCUGCUGAGUACCACUAUAAAUGCAUUUUAAAGUGUUCCUUGCAUCACUUCUGGAGGUUGAACUCUAAUGUGUUAUCAUGACUGAACAAGAUGAACCGGUCAAAUAGCAGAAACUGCUAACUUUAUUUUCUUGGAUAUUCACUUUGAAAUUUCUAGAAGGCUAAGUCUCUUUUUCCAGUGCUUUCCUAACCUGUUGGUGACUAUUUUGGAGACUAGCUGCCUACUAGCAACCUCGAAGCAUUGGUUCUUUUUAUUGCUAGCAAAUCUUCUCCAUGUAAUGGUCAUAGGCCAAAGCUGUAGUUUGAAACUCUCCUCUUUUUCUGCAGCUGACACACACACACUACCUGUUGAAGAAGUGAUAUUUUAAUGUAGUAACUCCUUCGCAGGAGUUACUUUUGUAGACCUUUGAAUAUAUCUCUAGUGCAUACAACCCACCUCUCCUUGUAGUGCUGAGGGCUUGGCUUCUCUUCUACAGUCUGGUCCACUGCUGAAGGCUUCCCAACCAGAAGAGAAGCUUUAUCAACUGCUAAUGACAACUUAGUGCUGUGGCAUAGUGAUCAGAGUCUUGAAAAAUAAAAGGAGAUAAAAAAAUAUAAAUCCCAAUUAUCUGACAAUCAGCUCUCCGACUGUGGCCAACACCUUGCUAGAUGAGUGGAUUUUUGAGAGAACUGUCAGUAAAAGCCUUGUGAUGCUUGCUGGGUCAAGUGUCCAACAGCCAUGCAGAAUUGAUAUAAUGGGGCCAAAUUUGACCCGAAAUGUUCUCUGCUACAAAGAGAGCAAAGUGUUGCUUUUAGUGUGGUUGCUAGAUAUUGAUGUGUUCUCAGGGUGAUAUAUUCACAGCCAUGGAGUAAUCUUCUUAUUUCUGAGUGAAUAUUAACUUUUCUAAGUUAUCAUAAUGAGACCUUUUCUUGAAACUUAGCACAUUAAGUGGCUCCAAGCAGAAGCCAAUAUUGGAUGGUCAACAGAUGUUUGCUUUCUCUAACAAACCUGUUUGCAGAGAUUAGUAAAAGCAUCUCCCGAAAACUGGAUGGUCUAAACUGUUUCCCGGUUCAGUCACUGAUUCAGUCAGGCUCAUCUUGGGUAUACUACCAAAUUUUCUGUGUUUCACACCGCUGUACGUGAAGCACUCGCUGGUGUUUUGUGUUUUGAAUUUAAGCUGCAAGUUUGCUGGGACAAGCCAUGACUCCUUUCUGAUCCUAUUUGAGUUCCCCAUGAGAGACCAAGUGCUAGGGCAAAAAAACCCCCAACCCUUCAGGUCAAAGAGUUAUGAUGGAAAAAGUGAAAUUAAGAACUCUGUAAAGAAGGGGACACUGGGUGCCUCUUCCUACCUCUAACGCUGAAGUCCUGAUUUGAUCUACAGGUAAGUUGUUUGAGCAUGCAGUCAGAGACGUGUUUGUGCUGAAUGCUAAACAGCUUUGUGAUCAUUGUUUAAUGAAAAUAAUGAAAACCACACAUGACAAAUUGUCAGGCAAGAGACUUUGUUCUUUGCUGUAGAAUACAUGAAACAGCCCUUAAAAACUGUCGGCCUGCUGUUGCUGUUGGUCUUUUUGGAAAUAGCUAUAUUGGUAACACUUGGCUCCUGCUAGUCUGGGUUUAGCAGUUAAUGGCUAUUGAAUUCCUUCAGCAUCAGUAAAAACGGCAGCAGACUGAGGCUGACGCAGGAGACAGUGAUUUGAAAAAAGGCAAAGUCGAAAUUAGUGGUGCGGAAGCAUGGUAGGUGCACACACGUGGGACAGGCUUUCCUGAGCUUUUGCUGACAAGGGAUGCAAUUAGUUAUAGUCAAACCCACUGGGUUUUCCCUUACUCGUUAUCGCUAAGGACUGCUGUUUGUUCAGCUGCUUUUCCACUUGUCUUCUCUUUGCCCCAUGAAGAACUAGCCAUAAAUCAGGCUGAGAUGUUGAGCUGGUGUGAUUUCUGUAGUCAGGGACUGAAUUCAGUUGGAAAAUAGGUGAAAUUCUCCAGCUAUUAAAAUAGGCUGAGCAAAUGUGCAGGAUGCGCUGCCCUUUGGAGAGCUGCGGUGCUGUUAUGGUCGCGUACGGCUGGACACACCACCACAGAAACUCUUCUGGCUGUGGGGCAGACUGAGUGCUACAGCCCUCUGGGCAAGGGGAAAGAUGACUGGAGCAGAAAAGGCAAAGUAAAGGGAUGGUUCUACUCAAGAUUUCCUCAAUCCCAUCCUCUUUAAAAAAAAAAAAAUGCUUCUAUGACAAAUUUGGAUUGCUCUGGAUUUUAAAAAGGAAUGCUUUGAGUUUGAGUCUCAGCUGAGAUUCUUCUACAUGCUGUUGCUUUCAAUAUCAAAGUAUCCCAUAUCCUUGUAAGUGUUGCCCCUCCAACACAGACCUUUUUGAGCUUAUUCAGUUAGAAAAGGUGUUUCUAGAGGACACUUUGCAAAUUCCUAGUAAGCAAUGAUGGAAACUCUCUGAAAUGUUGAUGUACAUAAGGGCUCAUCAGAAAACCCACUGGAGCUAAGAGAAAUAUUCUAAAUUUGAAUAGCAAAAGCCCAGUGAAACAUGUUAUAUCAAAAUGUUUUCUUCUUUAGGUUUUUUUAUAAACUUUGCUUAUUUGAACAAAUUUGGUUCUUGAAGUCAACCUUUCUCUCCUUGUGUCAAGUCUGUCCUCUUGUUGCUGUGGGUAGUAAUUGCUGUAGUUACUGUUCACAAACAGCAAAGGAUCAUCAUUUUGAAGGACAGUCUUGUUAUGACAAUGCUUGGUGGGGAGACACUCGCUUGAUUCCCAAGUGACUAGUGCAUCCUCAGCAAAGCAGCUUCAACUGGAACCGGUCGUGUCUUUGUGACGUGAUCAUCCACUCAAGCUGUAGUUAAAUGUACCACAAAUGUUACAGAUCUCACAUCUGCCUCAGUUCAGGAUUCAUCUUAGCUGGGGAAAUAAACAACAGGGUAAUCAUGCUGACCAUGAUGCAAGGCUCCCAAAGUAGCCCGCUGCGUUGCUCUGACUUACCUCGCUAAUCACCACCUCGCUAAAAUGACCCAAAGCCUCCUGUUGCUGUACUGUACUAUAUCUAGCUGAGAGAAAUGGCUGGCUGUCAUCACCCAUGGAUGCCAUUGCACCCUUUCCCCUCAUGUGAAUGAGCUGUAACUUAAACCAGAAGUAAAAACUAUGCCAUGUGAGUUGAGAGUGUAUUUGGGUUUUUUUGUGGGGGGCCAGAGAUCCAGAAAAAACCCUGAACACCCUCAUGUCUAAUGUUUGCUCCUCCAAAUACAGUCAACUGGGUAACUGGGGAAAGAUAACCCAGAUGUAGCAGAAGGUGGGAUAGCAAUGAGUGUCAUUUAGGCUGUAAAUGUUGUCAGUGAAAAAUUAAGACUGGUUUUAAGAGUAUAGCCAGGGUUAACAGCUCAUCUGUCUGGAUAAACAGGAGCUGGCUGUACCACACUCGGAUAUUGUCUGUGUUUUCACGUUAAUAACCAGCUAUUAGCGCUUCCUGGAUGCAAUCACAUUUGUUGAACCAGUUAUCCUCUUCUAGCAAGCUUGGAAGAUAAUUUUAGCUCUGGUUAGUGUUAAACUCAAGAAGCAGAUGCCACCUUUACAUUUGCACCUUUGCUUUUCCCAUUGAUGCUUAUUUUGGGGUAACUUUCCCAAGGACAUGCACACUUGUGAGUGUGUCACAGUGGUGUCUCUGCCAAGCAUCUUCUGGACUCCAGCCCUGGUUGACAAGCACCUGACAUGGUAUCACCUGUGUCAGUCACUGUUUUAGCUGUGCAUGGUUCCCUGCGGGAAAGGGGAUGUUAAAAGUACUCUUACGCUUUCAUGGGCAGUGAUUGAGGGCUCUGGUGUGUCUGGUGUCACAUGAAUGUAAACCUCGGAGCUUUUCAAAGCCUGAUUCCUUCAUACCUUUCAUCCAUGAAUCUGCUCCUUUUCAAUACUGCUCAUGCCUCAAGCACUGUGGAGGUCUCAGACUGGAAUCAGGCCUCCUUGCAUGAACCAUGGGAUCUGACUCCUGCUUUAGCUAGAAGGAAGAGCAUCCAUGGCUCAUUUUCUGUGCCACCUUGAGUUUCUUACUAUGAACAUAAAGCUAACCAAUUUGAUAAGUCUGUUCUCAGGCAGGGCAUCCUGUAAGGAAUGUUUCCCUCCUUUUGGGACCAAUACGAGAGAUUCCGACCAUUAAGAAUCAGUGGUGGUUUGGUGCGAGUGAAUCUCCAGCGAGCAAGCGGAUGCUGCCCUCCAUCCAGGGAGACUUACAGCCCUGUGGAGGAGGAGAAUCCUUCUGAGCUGUCACUUGGGUGGUGGUGUGAAUAUCUCCAAGGGUCUGGGUUCCACCAUUGGCAUGAGCUUUAGUCAAUGUAAUGGCCGUGGCGUCCCCAGCAGGCAAGCCUUUGCAGAGGGGGAAGCGGAGGAGGGGAAUGCUGUUUUGACGUUUUGACGGAGUGAGAAUAAAAUGUUUGGUCUACGGCAGGGAGAGCUGCCAUGAUUUCAGGCGCUGCUAUUGCCUCAACUCUUGCAGGCCGUUUGGAAGAAAACCUUGUCGCUGGCCUACAUGUACUGUCAGCACUGAAGGGGCAAAACUAACUUCUUAAGCCAAUGUUUUAGGGGAGAAAAGGCCAUCUGAUGAGAGUAUGGAGGAAGCCCAGCGCUUGUUGCUAUGCUGCUUUGAAGUGACAAGUAUAUCUCUGGAUAUUAGAGAAGUAGUUUAAAAUGUGCCAUGGUUUUAGCAUAAUAUGAUGCACUGCAGAUAUGUCACAUCCAUUUCAUUUCCCGCAGCUGUUUACAAAAGGAAAAAAACCCAACAAACCCUGAGAUUGGAGCAGCUGCAGUCACUCAGCUGUCAAUGUGGGACAAGGCUCUUUCUGCUCCUCUUUUAUUUCCACUUCGCGCUGUUCUGCUGCACGUAUUUGGCUGUUCUGUGAAUUUGCAGAUCAUGAGAUUUUUUUCGAACUGCCUUUGAUCUCUACAGAAAGACUCACCCAGCUCUCAUUUGAAUUCAUUAAUACUUUGAGUAGGCAUUUUAAUUUUAUGUUUACUGGCUUGUUUCCCUUGGUAAUGUUAUCUAACUGACAAGUUCGUCGUGCUCUGUAUUACCUUUAGGUUUCUGAGUCUGAAAUGUUUCUUCUUUCCUGUGAUCAUUUUUAGAGAUGUUAGAAAGGCAUCUUCAUUUCCUCAGAAGAAAACCUGAAUUACUCUCAGCUUUGAUUACUAACCAAUCCAUAUCGAAGCACGUAACUCUCUUUACAGCAUGAACAAAGUACGUUUUAUACCAUCAUCUGUAGUUUGAAUUGUAGUUUAAAAACCAGCUUAAGCACUAAAAGCAGCAUUUUGUUUGCAACUUCCAUGCCAGGGAAGUCACAGCAUUAAAGGAAUUUCCUGGGUUGGAGUUUUUCCCACAAAGGUCUGCUGUCUUUUCCCCAACAAUUGUGAAUUUAGCACAAUGUACAGAAUUUUAGCAAGAAUCCUGAUUCCUAAACGCAUGGCCAGAAGGAUGAGGAGAGAACGUGUUUCUUGUUGAUCAAGCACAACCAUUUUGGUGGAGAAAAUGCACUACAGCUGGUCGGGCCAUUGAUCUGGAGUUGCUGGGGUAGUGCUGUCUUUGGGAAGGGUAUAGGUGUUAGCAAAUCGCCAAACUGUGAAUCAUUGACUGUCGGAAGCAUUUGGCUUGUCUGUUUUUUUUAAGUUCUUGUUGUCAAGUGUGGUACAGUGGGGUUGAGAAAGGAAUGUAUUUUGGAUGACCAGGAUAAUGAAUGUAUGAUGCUUCAUGUUUAUUUGUAAUGUCCUUUUUAUACUUAGAAAUUGCUUACGUAUGUACCUGUAUGUAAAUAAAUGUUUAAUCCUUUCCA